AUCUGCCACCGCUAUGUAUGCUAUGAUGUAAACUGGUACAUUAUGAUGUCACAAUGCUGUCGUGAGCCUGUGUGUGUGUGUGUAUUUGUUAGCAGCUCCGCCCUCUCGGUCUGCCAGGCAACAGCAUUUGUUGCAUUUUUCAAACAUGAAGUGGGGGUGGAGUUAGACUCUGGUAGGGGUUGACUUGCUCUUUAACCAUUCAAGGGCUGUAGUGGAAGCUAGCCGUUUCCAUGGCAACGUGUUCACAAACAAUGGAGUUCCUACAGUGGGACUGUGAUGAUGUUGCAAAAUGGAUCGAGUUUUUGGGAUAUCCACAGUACAAAGCUUGUUUCACUGACAAUUUCAUCACUGGAAGAAAGCUCAUUCACGUAAACUGUAACACCUUGCCAAGGCUUGGAAUAACAGAUUUUAAAGACAUGCAGGCCAUCUCUGCUCAGAUACGUGAGCUGCUGGGGAUCUCAGAGACCCCACUGAACGCCAGCAUCGCUGACCUUCCCCGGGACACUAUGGCCCUGUUUCUGGAAAGAAAGAGCCGCACAGGCAAGCAUUCAGACAGUCUCACCUACUCUCAGUUCUUGGAUGAACUGAGAACCAAACAUGAAUCAAAACAGUGAAAGAGUUUAAGAAGAAAAAAUAAAUACUGAAAAACAAGUCAUGUCAGUGUCAUUUCAAGUCACCCACUGUCGGCUGGUGUGAUGAUGCUGAUGAGGCGCUUGCGGUAGGUCACAAGCAGGCCCUGACAUUAACACGCCCCAACAGCAACAUGGUAGCAUUGUUGAUGUAGCUUGUAAACAAAAAAAAUCAUCAUCUUU